AUGGUUGUCCAGAACCAGACGCCCAGUGAAAUCAUGGUAUCUGAACAUUACGAUAAUCUCAAGAAGCAACAGCAACAGCAACAACAACAACAGCAGCAGCAGAGCCAGGACGAUUCUAGUUCCGCCACCGUCGUAACCAUCGAGCUGCCCUGGAAUCCGAUCAUCAAAGCAGGAGCUCAGUCACCAGCGGCCGCCUGUACAGCACCCAGUGCUCUCUCGCCGCACUCAACGAUCACGGUUGUCGGUGGAACCGGUGUUGCUGGUGGCCAUCACAGUAACUCCCAGUCACCGGGACUUCGGUUGCAAGCACAACCGGUCCAUCCUACGACAUCGUCCCCGCUGCGUACGGUCAGCGGCACUACGACAAUCGUUCUGACCGGAAGUGGAACUGUUCCGCCUGCAGACGGCAGCCAACGUUCGUCGCUCAAGUGCCUGGAAACGCUCGCCGAAAAGGCGGGCAUCACGUUCGACGACACGUACGACUUCCUACCCGACACGCUGGAGAAAUCCCAGAGCCCGGCGCAGGUGGCCCAACAAGCCGCGGUGCCCCUGCAGCUGUCGCAAGAGCAACUGUUCCAGUACCAGCAGCUCCAGGCGUACGGAGGCACGAUCCAGGUGAAGCAAGAGUACAACCCCACGGCAACCGGUCAACCCGGCACGGCCGGCGUUGACCACCAGCAGCAACAACAGCAGCAACAACAGCAGCAGCAACACCAGCAGCAGCUCCAGCAGGCCCAGCAACAGCAGCAAGUGGCUCAGCAACAGCAAGCGGCUCAACAGCAACAGCAACAGAUGCAGGUCCUCGCAGAAGCAAGUGGUGUGGCGCCACCCCAAAGCCCACACCACGCUCAAACCCUGCAACAGCAAGCCGCCCAGCAGCAGCAACAACAGCAGCAACAGCAACAAUCGGCAGCGGCCGCAGCCGCAGCCAUCAACACGAUGCAAGCGAUGGCAACCGGACAGCAGUUGUCAUCAGCGGAUUGGCAGCAUGGACGAAUGGUCGUACAGCAACCGAUCUCGAAUCCGCAGUAUCUGCAGCAGCUGUACGGUACGCAACCGAUCGUGUUCCCACCAUUAGCCGGUCAGCAACAGUUCCAGUUGAUUACGGCUUCGAAGCCCUUCCAGGGCACGCCACAGAUGUUGACGACGACGGGCAAGCAAGUGAUCGGUACGACGGGUGCGGGCAAUUUCAACACGCCCUUCACGUUCUUCUCACCCGUCAGUGUGGUCAAUUCGCAGCCACAGGCACAGGCGCAGAAUUUGUUGCCGGCGUUGAGUGCGACCGCGGCUCAGACGGCUGUGGCUGCUGCUACGGGAGCGACCGGUGGCAAACCGGCUACGACACACCAGCAACAGCAGCAUGACAUGCAGAAGGCACUUCAGAAUGCGGUUGCUGCGGCCACCGUUGCUAAUCCGGGACAGAAAGUGCAGCUCCAGAAGUUGGGAGCGGCUGCGGCAGGUUUAGCUGGAGCAGGUGGAGCUAGUGCUCAGCAGAACCUGGCAGCUCUAACACAGCAGCAAGCAGCGGCCGGACAGCAGUGUGUACAAGUGUCCCAAACGCCGAUGCAAGCAGCUCAGCUGCUUAGUCCGCUGCAACAACAGGGCGCUCAGCAGAUGCAAUUUUCUACCCAGUGGCCGUUGCAGGGUCAGAUUUGGUCCACCCCGAACGGUUUCGUCACUUCGAACUCGAUCAUCAUCCGUGGCACAAAUCCGGACGGUACACCGAACGUGUUCAUCCCGAGUGCUCAGCAGACGCUUCAGCAGGCGGCGCAAGCACACAACCAAACGCUCACACUGCCCUGCGCGAUCGCCCAAUCCCCACAGCAGGUGUCCCAGCAGCAGCAACAGCAGCAACAGGUUCAGCAACAGCAGCAGCCAGCAGCACAACAGAACCAAACUGCGGGUCCUGCUGCGGGACAGGCUGGCCAGUUGACGGGCACAACAACCGCAGCGAACCAAGCCAUCGGAACGGCUGGUGUCGGUACGGGAAUGCAGGCUCAGAAAGCUCUAUCGGGACAGACGUUGGGUUCGAAACAGGGCCAAAGGCCCCAGAUACUGCCACAGGGAGCGUCCCCUAUCAGACCAUCGGUGUCGACGCAAACGGCCCAGGCCCAACAGAGCCUGCUGAACAAGUCCGGCAACAAGAUGCGCAACAAGCAACCGAUCGUGCGGCCAGCGGGUCCGAUGAUCAAGACCGAGCUGGGAGCUAGUGGGCCAACGACACCGCAGAAGCUCGGUCAGGUGACCGCACAGUCGGCAACACCUCAGCCGCAGCUGCAGCAGGUGGUCACCAGCAAUGGAAAAGUGGUGUUGAUGAAUGCAGGAACGGCGUUGAAUUCGGCAGUGCUCAACAUGCCACUAUUGGGUGACAGUAAACAGCAGCAGCAGCAACAACAGCAGCAUCAGCAGCAGCAGCUGCAGCUACAGCAGCACAUAAAGACUGCUCAGCAGCAGCAACAGACUGGCAAUCCGCACAUUUUGCUUCAGCAGCAGGCCAUUUACCAGCAGCAAAUGAUGCAACAACAGCAACAGCAACAGCAGCACGCUCAGCAACAGCAAGCACAGCAGCAGGCCGUUGCACAACAGCAGCAACAGCUCCAGCAGCUGCAUCAACAAAUUCUGCAACAAGCGGCCGUCGCUGGUCAAGCGAAUCAAGCACAGCUGCUGACAAGCGCGGCUCAGCAGGGUCAACUGGUACAGGCGGCAACGGCAGGAGGCCCACAGCAGAGUGGCAUCGUGCACCAGCUCGUAUUCCAGCAGGGUCAACCGAAUCAGCCUGGCAUGAUGAUCAACGUAUCGUCCGACGCACUGCUCCAGCAACAGCAACAGGUGCAGCAAGCGCAGCAACAAGCUGCCCAGCAGCAAGCUCAACAGCAAGCACAGCAACAGCAGCAGCAACAACAGCAAGCCCAGCAGCAACAGCAGGCGCAACAAAACGCCCUUCAACAGUUGGCAGCAGGCCAGCAGGCAGCUGCCGGUGGUCAAGUUGGAAAGGCUGCUGGAGCAGCCGCUGCCGCGGCCACACAGAUGAUAAUGGCAGCCUCACUGGGACAACCUGGUGGUGGUGAUCGCACAACGAUCGUAUCACAAAGCGGCCAGGCACUCCAGAUCGAUCGAAGCCUACUACCGGUGUCAAUCGCCAGCAUGUCAGGUAACCCGAUCGUGGUGACGAGCAACGGUGCCACCAUUUCGCCCAUCCAUCAGGGGGCGCACCAGUCAAAUGCUGUUACUGCGGGUGUGGUAGCUUCCGGAGCACUUCAAUCCGCCCAGCAGCACCACUCGCAGAUACUCGUAUCGUCGAUGCCGAGCUCGACGGUACACCAACCGGGACAGAAUCCAAUCAUGGCCAUGACAUCUCUGUCGGCGGCCCCAAUGUCGGUCGCCUCGAUCAUCAGCUCGGGUGCGAUUCCUUCGAUUUCCUCCGGUGCCAUUACGACGACUGCCUCACUGGGACCAUCACAGGCAGCCACUCUCGUUGCGUCGGCCAGUGGUCCGGCCACUGCCCUGCUUGCCUCCAGCAAGGACACCGAUCCGAAAGCGAUCAGCGUGGCAAUGCAUCAACUCCAGCAGCUUUCAACACCACAAAAGCAACUUCAACAGCAGCAGCAGCUGGAAAACAUGAACGCACAGGCGGCGGCUUCAAUCGUCGGUGGAACUGCCGGUGCCAUAGCGAUGCUUGGAGGUUCUCCGAUGGCAGCUGGUGGCGCGCAACUGCCUGGAUCCUUGGCCAGUUCGCCAAUGGGUCUGCUAGCCGCGGGUGGAAAACUUCCCACACCGAUGGGAACACCCGGUGGUAUUAUGGGUUCACCGCAGACACCGGCAGGCGUUAAAUUGGGCAUGUUCCAGACGUCACCUAGUCCCCAGUUGCAGCCUAACACGACCGGUGUUAAUUCAGGUGUGCCUGGCAGUGGAUCCAUGGACACGUCGUCAAAGGAAAAAUCAUUUACAGCUAACGCCACCGCUGAAGUUGCUGGAAAAGAUUCCGAUCAAUCGCCCACAACAGGCACAGCUGAUAAUGCAUCCGAUACGCAACUGAACGGAACCGCAAGCAGCAACAACACCAGCACGCCAAUGGAUACUUCACCAGCAGUUGGUGCCGGUAUCGCCUCUCCGGCGACUUCCUCCGUCACCAGCACGAACGGACCCGGUGGAGAUCUAGCAACAUCGCUAUCAUCUCUCGCACCCGUCUCCUCCAUGGCUUCGUUACUACCCGCAUCGCUUCCUCCCGUGACACCCGUUAGUGGUGCCGCAUCUGGGACGACCUCCGUAACGGCUUCGUCAGCUUCUUCUGUCAAUUCCUCAGUCAUUCCGGCAACUUCCACGCCCGGAUCGGCUACUGAGGAACCUAGCAAAGACACCCUCGGAACGACCCCAUCUACGGUGGCUUCCGUUUCCUCGUUCGCAACCGUACCCACCACCACGGUCACGAGCAUGUCGAUGGCAACGAGUAGUAGCACCACCACCAGCACACCGUCAAGUGGGGUGUCCUCGACAGCGACGGGAACCGCGAUCGCUACGAUCACAGGAACGUCGGCCAUUCCCGUCAGCAAUAUCGGACCCAACGGGUUACUUUCCACCAACGGAAGUGUGUCUGUUGCUGCGACAAUGGCAUCUUCGUGCGUAACAACAUCAUCCACCGGAGGGUUGCCACCGAAAACGAGCAGCAACGCAGAUAAGGGUGGCAUUCCUAAGGCGACGAUCAAACCGAAUGUGCUGACGCACGUUAUCGAAGGAUUCGUCAUUCAGGAAGCGAAUGAACCGUUCGCUGUACAGCGGCAACGUUACCCCGAACGGGACACCUCCGAUGAACCGCCGAAAAAACGCACCACGAACGAAGGAAAUUGUCCCGUUUCGCCCUCUGUCACGCCCACCGGAGAUAUGGCCAAUUGCGAAGUCUGCGGCAAGGCGGAAAUGCGUAGCAAAAUGAAGCGCAAGCGAUUCUGUAGCGUCUCGUGUGCGCGCUCAGCUAAGCAAGGUUCUACCGAACAGCUUUCGACUCCGGUUCAGAACGGCACGUCCGGUGUCGUGGCGGUUCCACAAGGAACCAAUGGAACGUCAACACCGACCACACCGAUGGAGAACGCUAUCGUUGGUUCCAUGAACGGAGUUGCGCCUUCUGGGCCUGCUGGUGUCGUCGCAAUACCGGGAGUUGAUGCUGGUGCGAUCGGGUCGCUACCACCGCUUGGAGGCUUGGGAACACCGGCACUACUAACGCCUGUGGCCGUGGGUGGUGUCCUGCCCAACCUUAAGCUCGAACAGGAUCAGCAACUGCAGGCUCAGCAGCUGUUGCAGCUCCAGCAGCUUCAAUCGACGGCAACUCCGGGUGUGAAUCCGGCCCAACCCAACGCCACGGUGCCUCUAUUGGUCGCUGAUGUACCGGCGGUACCAUCAACGCCUGUUGCUGUGGCAGCUGCUGCUGUUGCGGCAGCAGCUGCGGCUUCCGCUAGUAGCGAAGAAGGAUCAUCUAUCCUGCGGUGGACGGUGCAGGAUGUGUACGAGUUCAUUAGGGCACUGCCUGGCUGUGUAGAUUAUGCGGAGGAUUUCGUGAGCCAGGAGAUCGAUGGUCAAGCAUUGCUGCUGUUGAACGAAAACCACCUCGUCACCACGAUGGACAUAAAGCUGGGCCCGGCGUUGAAGAUUGUCGCGAAAGUAAACUCCUUGAAAACCAUCGUCGCACCGGCGGCGGAAGGACAGCAGCCUGCGGCGUAAAUGUGCUUUUUGGAGAUGCGGCUCGAACAACUGAGAAAGGAUCUGAAUCUGACGAAAGUGUGUCUGAUUCGAUCAUUAUGUAUAUUUAUGUAUGCGUUGGUGAGCCUGUGGGACAAGAUGUGCGUCUCGGUGUACAAAAGAGGGGCCUCAUGAAACUCAUUUUUUAAGAAUACUGCGUAGAAUUAGCGUAUAGAACGAACUGCAAGAAGAAAAAAAAACGGACAGGAUAAAGGAUUAUAUCAGUUAAUUUAUUUCAUUCAGUUUUUGUUAGGUUAUAUUAUAGCAGAUCACACUUAGUUCUUUGUCUAUGUAACUGUUUGUUGUCUAUGGAACUGAUUAGGUAGUUUGCAAACAGUAGAGUACAACCGGUGAUUGUACUAAGGGCGUUAUUAGAUUAGUGAUGAUGCGUGGGAUGUGUUAGAGACACGCAAGUACUAUACUUAAACGGUCUUUUGAACUAUGAUAAGAUUUCGCUCAGUGAUCUUUUUUCCUCCCGUAUGAUAUACAUCAAUGUACGAAUUUCAUGUACAUAAAUAGACUGCUAAGAGGAAAGAAGAAAAAUUAACUAAAUAGAAUAUCGGAAUCACGCGGAAUCGAAUAAUAGUGCUAUUUUCAUUUUCUUCACUUUUCGCGAGUCUGUCCCAAUGGAAAAAAUAACUCCUGGACAAUAUUGAUCGCAAAAGAUCACGAAACAGGGAAUCGACAGGAACAAGAUAGCUGCUCUGAACUGACGAAUAGUAGGUCAAUACAUUCAAGCAAUGAAAACUUCUUUGAAUACUGUUGGCAUCGGAAAAUAUCGAAUAGCAAUGUGAAAGCCGCAGGACUAGUAAAUAUGAUGUCUCUCCGUAGAAUAAUGUAAAUGUAAAGGAUCGCACCCAUUUUCGUCGUGUAAUGAGUAAGUGCACGCUUGAUAGACGAACUGUAAUGUUGAUAAAGUAAUGAUAUCCUUUUUACAUAUAAUCUAGCAUCUAUAAUUUUGUAAAUAAUCUAGCUGGCGGGGCUCGAAGAAAGCUCGAAAAUAUGAAA